UAGCAAUCAAGUGUACUUGAUAAGAUAAAGAAACAUAUUUAAGGCAGGAAAUAAUUGUUUUCGAAUUAGUCGUGUUUCAUCAUGAAGGUAGCCAUUUUGUUUGUUGCCAUUGCGGCAUUCGUCGCCGUAGGAAAUGUUUCGGCUAAAGUUCUUAUUAACCGCCAUGCACCGCCUCCGGAAGUUGCACGCAACCCACGUGCCAAGUCUCCAGUUCUGUACAGCAUCUCCAUGCCAGUAGAUCAUUUCAAUUCAGCUGAUACCAGGCAAUGGUCAAUGAGGUACUACGGCAAUGAUCAACACUUUGUCAGUGGUGGACCUAUCUUUAUCUACCUGGGUGGUGAAUGGACCAUUUCUCCUGGUUCUCUCAUGGGUGGUCAGAUUUACGACAUGGCCGCUGAGCAUGGUGGUUAUUUGCUUUACACUGAACAUCGUUACUAUGGCUAUAGUUAUCCUACCAAUGAUUUCACCACUGCUAACUUGAAGUAUCUUAGUGUGGAACAGGCUCUUGCUGAUCUUGCUGCUUUCAUUCGUGGGUUGAAGAACAAUCCUAUUUUCAUUGAUUCCAAGGUUGUUGUUGUUGGUGGUUCUUAUUCUGCUACAAUGGCCACAUGGGCUCGUUCCAAAUACCCUGAUCUUAUUGAUGCUGCCUAUGCUUCCAGUGCUCCAUUAUUGGCUCUUGAUGAUUACAAACAAUAUUUCGAAGUUGUGGGUUUGAAUAUUCAGUUAGAAUCUCCUGAAUGUUGGGACGUCAUCAGUGAAGGUACCACGCGAAUGAAUGAACUUUACCAGACUGAUGCAGGUAUCACUGAGUUGUCUUCCUUGAUCAAUUCCUGCAAACGUCUUAAAUCAUAUUUCCCAUACAAAGAUCACUUCUUCAACCAGAUUGCUAAUCUUUUUGCUGGUACCGUCCAAUAUGCCCAGCCUGGUCAAAUUAAGGCUGAAUGUCAAAAGAUGCUUAACAAAUCGGGUGAUUCAUUAGCUAAAUUAGCUGCGUAUGUUCGUGACACUUACGGAGGAUGUAUUGGUGAUUAUGAAGAUUUGCUCUAUUGGUAUGCUCAAACUGGCUUGUCUGAAUCAAGUUAUCGCACUUGGUUCUACCAGACUUGCUCCGAGUUUGGUUUCUUCCAAACCGGAAACUCUACAGAGCAACCAUUUGGUGUUAACUGGUUCUCUACUGUGAGUCAUUCCAUGUGCGCUGAUGCUUUCGGAUCGCAGUUUAACAAGGAAAAUAUUUUGGCUAGCAUUGAUAAUACAAACAGAAAUUGGGGAGCUUUGAAACCCAACGUUACCAAAGUUAUUUCCAUCCAUGGAUCCGUAGAUCCAUGGCACGCAAUUGGUUUAUUGGAGGAUUUGCAUGAGGAGGCACCUGCAAUUCUUGUUCCCGGGUAUUCCCAUUGUGCUGAUUUGUCUUCAAUCAGCUCUAGUGAUUCGGAAGCCAUGCGCAAUGCCAAACAAACUGCUAAAGACUUAAUUGCAAAAUGGAUUAGUUAAAUUACUUUAACAUGUUUAUUAAAUUUAUACAUUAAAUUUAUUUACACUGCUUAA